CACACUGUUACACAACUAUAUAAGCAGCAGGCUACUGCUAACGAAACUUCCCAAAUUAUCUAAGAGCACUUCCCACUCUCUUUUUCUUCUCUUUCUCUUAGAAAUAAAAGAGCCCAGGCUACUUUUUAGCUGCAAUGAGCGAUAUGGAAGAAAAGAGUAGUGAAUAUAAAAAGGGGCUGUGGACAGUGGAGGAGGAUAGGAUUCUAAUGGAUUACGUACGGGUGCAUGGCAAAGGGAAAUGGAAUCGGAUUCCGAAGAUUACAGGGUUGAAGAGGUGCGGCAAAAGCUGCAGAUUGAGGUGGAUCAACUACCUUAGUCCUGGUGUUAAGCGUGGCGAUUUCUCUGAGGAAGAAAAUGACCUUAUCAUUCGCCUUCAUAAUCUCCUUGGCAACAGGUGGUCCUUGAUAGCUGGUCGAGUUCCCGGACGAACAGACAAUCAAGUGAAGAAUCAUUGGAACACUCAUUUGAGCAAGAAGCUCGGGAUCAAGAAGGAAAAAAAUAAAGUUAGCGUUUCUUCACGAAUUACGAUUAAAAAAUCAAGGCAAGAUUUCAGUACAUCUUCGAGUCCAAAUUCUAAACUUCCCCAUAGCUGUGAUGGCGGAGGUCAUGUGAACCCGAAGGUGAUUAUGACAUCAGAUGGGCACUCUCAAAAUGCAGUUGAUUGUGAGGGUGCACAAGGGCUGGUUGCCAUUACUGAUGACUACGAAAGCUCUUCUUGGUUUUUCCAUGACGAGCUUAAGUCGCAUACACCCAAUGUGAUGGAGUUCCUAGAUGAGUCUCUUGAUUUUGUUUGGCUUGGCUUGUAAACAACAAUUUCCCCUUCUUGUAAUCUCAUAAGCUCCUUAAUGAAAACAGAUUUUUAGGUCCAA